GUUCGAAGACGGCGAUGGAGCUCGACGACUCGUUCAUAAUGCUCGGAACAUUCGAGGCUUCCGACGGCGUGCGCAUGUUCGCGUUCAGCCUGAUCCUGCUGCUGCUCGUCGUCACCGUGGUGGCGAAUCUGCUGGUGCUCGCGAUCGUGGCGGCACGCACGCAGCUGCACGUGCCCAUGUAUGUGCUCAUGUGCAACCUGCUGGCGGCCGACGUCGUCGGCGGCGCGGUCAGUUUCCCCCAGCAGCUGCACGUCUUCCUGACGGGCGACCCGCGGAUCUCGCACGCGUCCUGCAUCGCGCAGAUGUUUUGGAUCAACGUGUUCGUCGAUUUGGAGAGCCUCACGCUGGCCGCCAUGUCCUUGGACCGCUACGUGGCCAUCUGUCACCCGCUGCGCUACCACGCCGUUGUGACGGGCAAACGGGCAUUGCUCGCCGUGGCGACGACUUGGUUCAUCACAGUGGCCAUCCUCGUACCGCAAACCCUCCUCGUCUCUCGGUUGGAACUGCGAGCCACCGAUAGGGAGAUACAGAGCAUUUUAUGCGAUUUUUCGGGAUACGUUCGCCUGUCCGUCAGCGAUACGAAGGUUCUGGACAUAUUCGGAUCGAGCGCAUUGGUUGUGUGCAUCGCUUUACCGAUGUGUGUUAUCGCCUACACGUAUUUGAGAAUCAUUUGUGCGUGCAAGCGGACAGGGCAGAGCGAGUUCAAGAGAAAGGCCGUGCACACGCUGCUCACCCACUUCCUGAUGCUCGCGAUGUUUUUCGUCGCGUGUUUCGUAUCGACCAUGGUGCCACGUCUGAUCAAGGACUAUCAACACUCGCAGAUCAAAAACCUGCGCUGCGGUGUUCAGUUGGUUACCUUCAUCAUCCCCAUCGCAAACGUCAGCAUUUACUUCGUCAGGAACAAGACGCUAAGGAGAGAGAUGGUGAAAUGCUUUAAGCAGAUGAAUCCCAGAGGAGUCGGUCGUUCGAGGUCGCACAAGGUGCGCAACAUAUCGCCCGGUAAACAAUCUCCGCACGGGGAGAUUGUUCAAUAAUGCAAGGCGGUCGGUCCACAGCACCAACGCUUUCACAGCACAAUCUCGCACGGAUCGCAGCUGUGGCUUUGCCGAUGUUAAAAUUAGAUUAUAGUAGAUCCUUAACUGAGACGUAUAUAACCUACAUGGUGUCCACAAUAGUGUCUCAUUACCCCCAGAUUAUACCGUACUUAAGCAUUAGUUGACUUGAAUUGUCAUCAGCCUUGGUCAAUCCACUGCUGGAUGAUUGGCCUCCCUAAGCCACCCCGCCACCUCUCGAUAUCCCUGCGAUGUAAUCAUCUAGAUAGCGCCUGAAAGCAAUCUGAAUACAUGGCUACAUCUCCCUUCAGUGGACGUGUCCCUCGGAAGUGUCCCAUUCCUUGGCUGCCGCUCCCUUACCAUGAAUAAUAAUGCUCAUUGGCAACGCGAACAAUGCUCACUUGCCCGAAGGCGGCGACCCUGAGGCGCGGAUGAACAGCUCAGAAAUCCGAUCAGUUAAAAGUAAAAGAAAAACAAAUAUUUCGAGAGGGCGCUUAAAGGUAGGUGAAGGGUCCCGACCAUCGUGCAUCGUUAUCUCUUCUAGGCGUGACGGCGUCCUGCCACCCCCUCCCCCGUUUAGUUUGCCUGUCCGUUCAUUCUGUAUGACUGUUACAGAUACUGGCAGGUAUGAGUGAGAUGCGGGUACCUUGGAGAGCGGCAACAAACUUCCCACUCCACAUCAAGCAGUCACCUUCGCUCGCUCGUUUCCGCUUCUCAUUCCAAACUCACUUACUGUAUUGUUCUCCCGCUCACCACACGACCCCCCCCCCCUUAAUCUCCCCACCCCCCGCAUGACCACCACCAACGUUACUGUUUCCUCUUCAUAUUCUCAUUAUAUGGCUAUCACUCAUUCCCCAUUCAUUCAUUCAUUCCAUUCCUCGUCAUUUAGUGUCAUAAAUUUCGCCUUCACCGAAUUCACGCAUCAUCAAGGGUUCGCCCCCAUUGCUUCCUCUCUCAUCUAUUUAAUUCACCUCAUCUCCACCAUUACAUUCACACACGCGUUGUUGUGCCAUUGUCAAUUCUUUGCUAAGCUCCUUGCUCAAGGCGCUUUAUAAAUUCAGUUUAUAUAAGAGCAGGAGACGCUGUCUCACACACAUGCGAGAUGGCUUUGAGCAAUUAUUUUGGAAACGGACGCCCAAUACCACCACCACCAUCCCCACCAACACACACACCAACACCCCCACCAACACCCCCA